AACGUAGCGCCAUUUAUCUGGAUUUGUUCGUAAACGCUGCUGGUUGCAAGCAGGGGAUUGCUUUCCCGGCAAGCGAGUAAGCGGAUUCCCGUCCGACACCGUUCUCAUCUUUCCAGGCCUUUCCGCAUCGUUCUUCGUUCACCCACUCCUCUCUCUCUCUCUCUCUCUCUCUCUCUCUCAUCCUUCUUUUCCGCCUCCUUUUCGCACUGCGUGUUGACAUGCGACGCAGCAGCAGCUGUUGCGUUACAGCUAGCUAGCUGCUCUGUUCCCAAUUAAUUAAAGAAUUAGUCUCUCGCUGCUGCUGCUGCUGCUGCUGCGAUUUUGAGCGAUGAGUCUGUCGGUUAGGGAGAAGCGCCCGCCGGGCGGUUGCGCCGGCUUCUUGUUCCAGCUCGUCGGCUGGAACCGGCUUCUCGCCCGGAAGAAGCAAAAGCACUUCCCCAGGAAGCUCCUCCCGAAGAAGCACUUCCCCGGCGACCACCAGUCCCCCGUUCCCAACAAGCUGCUUCUGAUAGCGGAAGAGAACUGCGGGGGAUUCCCGAGCGCCAGGAAGAAGCCGCUGCUGGAAGACGCCGACGCCGACGACGGCGACGGCAGCGACGCGAUGCGCCCGGCUGGGCUGGUGGCCCGGCUGAUGGGUUUGGAGUCGAUGCCGGUCGCCGCCAAUGAAAAUCCGCGUAAACCUUUCCGUAAGGUGGGAAAUGCUAGUGGUUGGAGCAGGAAAAGUAGCAGUAAAAUUUCUGAUGGGUAUUGUUGGGUGGCGGACGGAGAUCCCUGCUUGGAAACCUGUGGUGCGGGGAAGGCGGACUCUUCGCGUCCGCCAAAGCUGCAGAAGACGGGUGGGGGGUUGCUGGAGAGGCAGACAGCGAAUGCCGGUGCCAAUGUGGUCGGCAAAACCGUGCUCGUUUCGCGCUCGAGAAGGCGGCAGCACAAGCUUCCGCUGCCCUCGACGAGCCCGAGAUCGCUCUCUGGAGGUCACCGGGCGCGGUUGUUGCAGGCAGCAUGUAAGAUUUUAGAGCCCGGUAUGCGGCCGGCAGCUCACUCUAAAUUUGCUCUCGCCAACGUCGCUUCGUCUUCUUCACAUUGUAAUGCGGAACAAGCAAGCGAUGCGGCUUUAAGCUGGAUAAGCUCUCGGAAUCUCUUGCCGGACUCUUUAGAGCGUAAAACGGAGCCAGCGUUGAUGUUAGAUGACCGGGGUAGCGAUAGGGUUAAUCCUGUUGAAAUUAAGGCCAAUGCAGAGAGAAGAGUUUGCGAUUCAGUGGAAAGGAAGUGCGAAAUACGAAAAGAUAAAGAUCAAUGCAUAGUUCAUAUUAAAGGCAACAAUCUGAGGCCGAUAAAAAAGCCUGCGGUUAACGGCAUAGCUGUCGCUGGAUCAAAAGUAUCCACUCAGAACAAUGGCCGAGGGGUCUUGAAUGAGCCUGCGGGAGCUGAGGAGUUUGGAGCUUUAGCGAGGAACCAAAAGAAUUGCGCAUUGACGAAAUCAGAUGGUAACGGUGCUAGAAGUGAAACUGAGAGGUACGGUAGGGAGAAGAGCAUGACGCGGAAAAGAAGACCAGUCAGCAAUACUCAUUCUAGCAAUUUCGGCAUGGCUAGUUCAGCCCUUGGGAAGCAAUGUGGGAGGGAUCUUAUGGCUAAUCAAAGAGGCAAAGCUUUCAUAAGCAGUAAGCCUGCAAAUAGCGGUUGUGUUGAAAGGGAGGGGAGGAAGAAAGCGGGUAGUGAUGCUAUAAGAAGAACAAAAAAGGAUGAUGUAGUUUCCUUCACCUUCGGUUCACCAAUGAAGCCUUCGACAAAGCCUUCCUCUUACUGUAAAAUGGUCGAGAAGACUCAGGGCAGAAGCAGGCAGAGAAUCGAUGUUUCUCAAAGAAAGGGAUCCGUCUGGGGUGCAAAGAAUGAAAGCACUUCAUCCCAAAGGAUGAUAAAUUUAAGCGGAGAUGAACUUAGCAAACUCUUGGACCAGAAAAUCAGAGAACUAAUUCCUUUUGAUAAGGAUGACUUGGCCACAAUUGGUUCUUCUUCAGAGAGAUUUAUGGAUUCUGUACUCCAAGAGCUUGUUCCUUCCCUCGACACAGAGACACCUAAAUCUCAUCAAAGCGGUCAUAGUUUCUCUGGCGGGUCCACCGCAACUUGUAAUAUUCAUCACAGCUGCGUUGAUUUCUUAGACUAUGAGAUCUUUAAUGAUCAUACACCUGACUCUUGCAAAAACUAUAUGGGAGAUUCCAAAACUGGUUUUUCAGCUGCAUAUCUAACCUGUGAUGUCGAUCAGCCAAGCCCAACAUCAAUCCUUGAGGCAUCCUUUUCAACUGACAGUUGUUCUGUGGGGAGUCCAAAUGACAACCAAGGAAGCAAAUUACGAACUGUGCUGAUGGGCAAUCGGGAAAAAAAAGAAUUACCCCGUCUAGACUUUGACCUUUCAUAUUCACCGACCUCUGUAAAUGCUGGCAAAAAAUUAACUGAGCAAUUUUUUGACUCACUGAAUUUUGGAUUUCUUGAAGCCAAACUCAAAUGUGCCACCGGAGCUAUUUCAGAUAUUGAAGUCCUAUUCAGUAGCUUUCUGUCGAGCAACUCAGAUGGGACAUUAAUGUUUUCUUUAGAUUCUUUUCUUCUUGACAUGUUGGAAGCUAUAGCGCAUGCCCUCUAUGUAAGUUCACAAGGCAGCGUAGUUCUCGGAGAAGUAAAAGAGGGAUAUCAGCUUCGGGGCUUUCUAUUUGACUGCAUGAUUGAGUUUUUGGACUCGAACUACUCUCAUUUCUGUAAAACUGGAUACAAUACAUGGUCAAAAUUGCGUCCGCUUCUUAGCAAAGAGUGGCUAAUAAAAGAAGUCAGCCAGGAGAUAAGGGUUUGGAGGGAAAUGGCUGGGAAGGUUCUGGACAAUUUGGUAGAGAAGGAAUUCGAUUGUCAAGUCACAAAGUGGACUACAUUCGAAAAUGAAGAAUUUGAGAUAGGAAUGCAGAUUGAGAACAAUAUACUUCAAGCACUUGUUGAUGAAUUUGUCUUUGAUUUGUGGUAAUGCUGGAAGAGAAGCACUACUACUGGUGGCUGAAUAUCAUUUGCAGUAUCUUUGCUAAAUUUGUUUUGGAGUGGGGACAUAAGUAAGAAGUAUGUACAGAUUGAUGGAUAUAUUGAUUAGAAAGCACUUUUCGGAAAGGAUGUUUAAGUUAUGACCAGAAAUUGCAGCUGUGUCGCUUAGGUAGAGCAUUGUAUGUUAAGUUUAAAAAGAACCUGUCAUGUAGUCCUCAUAUCUUUGGUUUAUGUGAAUAUCAUGAGGGAAACUAUGUUUUUUGAAUGUCAUUUCAUCUUCUGUAAUUCUUAGUUCAACUGUGGAAUGUCUGUGCAUUAAUUUGUAAUUUGCCAGCAUCACUUGUGUAUAGGGCUGUCAACGAACCAAACACGAGCGAGCUUGUUAAAAUAUUAAGCCGAAAAAUUUAAUU